AGGCGACGCUUCAGCAGUACCGUUUCAGUGCUCGGAGUGAUCGGAUGCUUGGUUGCAGGCCCUGUAUUUGGUCAAAUUUUGGUAUCAGGUAUUGUAUACUCAGUGACAGGUGUGAAUGUCAAGGACUAUCAACGAUGAAAAGUAAAAUGAAAGUCACAAGGCAGCUGAUAAGCCUGUUACUAUUCUUCUUCUGCCGUUUCGUGGGGAAUUCUGUUGAUGCAGAAUUAUUACCCGAAAAUGUGCCCUUAUCGCAAACCACUUCGCUGAAUCCACUCAUGCCGAACAACGAGCAAAGUGUGAAAGAUUGUCCCUACACCUAUUUCCCGUACGCCAAAAGGGGCAUGGCUAGCUCAAUAUUUGCGGAACCCUAUCGAAACAAGACGUUCGCACAUGUCGUCAAGCUUGAUACCGCCGGCGGCGAGGCAUCAAACUGUGUCGGUGUUGUCGUAGAUCAGUUACACAUUCUGACGACGAAAGAGUGCGCGCAAAAGCAACCUCAGACUAUCAGCUUCCAGAAUGAAACGCUACCGCGUUGGGGAAUUCUCAGCACGAAAUACCACACUAGCCUUGAUGUCGCCGUUCUGCAGCUGAAAUCCGAUUUGAGUAUCGAUGAGCAAAUUAUUCCAGCGUGCUUCUGGAGUUCACCAACCAAGAAUGGUUUUUCUUCAGUUCAAUAUAUCACAAAAGAUAGUCACAUUGAUGGCUUCACAGUUAAAUCAACAAAGUGCACACUUAGAGAGCGUAAGCAGUGCUACGAUGACUCUAGAAAAAAAGCAAAUGGAUUCGUACAGGUUGGUGCGAUUUCCAACUAUAAAAAGCAUCCAUUUGUCCUAGCGCUUGGUUCUGGAAACGAUGGAGCAUUGUUAGAGGUAUCACAAUAUUCAGAUUGGCUGUUUGAAUCCACCGGCACCAGUAUGGAUCCCAUAGAAUGCGCCCUGAAAUACUACAAACUUCGAGAAUAUGACGAUAGCGUUGUUGCUCACCGGGACGGAAGAUUCCAAUCGGUUCAGCUGCAGAAGGCCUACAUAGCAUCAUCGGGCAGCUUCGGUUACAAAACAAGAAUUGGACAUUACGUUGAGGAUCCUGUGAAGGAUACCGUCGUGACUUAUAGCUGUUACGGGACUUUGAUUCAUCGUCAGUAUGUGCUGACUUCGGCCAGCUGCAUUAACAAAUUCAAAGAUGAAUCACUUAUAGUACAAAUGCGCGAGAGAAAGAAAUAUGAACUGUCUUCAGAUCCUGAUUAUUUGGUGCAAGAAAGAAGCCGAUACCGAGAAGAGGUGACUGUUGAUCGGGUAUUCUUGCAUCCUGGGUACAGCGAAGCUCUACUUGAGAACGAUUUGGCCCUGUUGCAUCUGGACCCAGUAGAAUUAAGUUUCGACGAAUACUUCAAACCAGCCUGUUUAUGGACGCAUGAUUCCAUCGGAAUUAAAGAGUUUCAAACCGACGGUCAUGGUCCCCAAAGGACUGUCGAAUUUCUCGAGGAACGGGUUGAAUUGCUACUCAAGGACAGAACUGAAACCGAGCUGUACCUGAUAUCGAAGAUAUUGGAUGACUGCCCCAUUGACUUGCUAAACAAUCAAAUUUGUGUGGGUGAGGAAGCUACGUUAGUUCCCGGUACUUGUACGUCUAACCUGGGUUCAGCGAUGUCUCGAGAAAUAACAGCCAUUCCAAGAUUCUUCUAUGAUUAUGUUUUUGCAAUCAACAGCGAAGGAAAUGAUUGUGGCAUUAAUACACCGUCCAAAUUUACCACGGUUUCACCGUAUAUCAAAUGGAUCGACAGUGUUGUCUUUGGAGAAAAUGUUCAAUUUAACAACUUAGAUGUCUACUAUGGAGAUGAAUGCAAUCUACAGGAUGGAACAUCGGGGGUGUGCUUAACGGUUCCGGAAUGCCCCGGAGUUAUCGAUGACCUGACUGAGGGGUCCACCGGCAAUGUGGAAAAGUGCGGCUUCAUGAAGAAUGAGGUUCUGAUUUGUUGUUCAGCGGUUGAUUCCGCUCAAAAUAGAAAACCCAGCGAGCAGCUAAAUGAAGUUGUGGCAGAAAUCGAAAAGUGUCCUGAGCUCUACUCAGAUCUUCGCGACCAGAGAUCACCACAUCAAUUGUGGAGCGGUAACAUGACGUUUUUGGGUCUUCUCAAAUCACAUUCUUCACAAACCACAUGUGACGCUACUCUGAUUUCCAAAAACUUUUUCAUCACUUCUGCAAGUUGUUUUAAAAGGUUCUCCAGUGAUGAAAGUCUAUUCGUUGAAAUUGGACAAACCACCCGUCAACAACACGACGUUGAGAAAACUGUAGUCCAUUCUCUUUACACCGACAAUAGCCACGAGAACAAUCUGGCCCUGUUGAAGCUGAAGACCGCGAUCGUUGUCAGUGGGGAAGUGAUCCCAGCCUGCUUAUGGAAGAAUCGCACACACGUCCCAUUUGCGUUGAGCGUCCUAGGCACAAAGGAAAAGUUGUUCGACCUACAAGCCUACCCGUUGUAUCAACAACGGUGCGAGGAGAAACGAUUCUCCAACGUAACGUCCACGGAACUGUGCGUAUCGUUCGAGGGACCUUUUGGGAAGUAUAAGCCGAGCAUCUGUCACGAUGCCGGAAGCGGAAUCUACAACUUCUACGCCCAAGGAACGGAUGAGAAAGAGGUUGCUUACUUGGUAGGCCUCUAUACCCGGGGAACUGACUGCGAAGACGAUGCGGUGGGAGUGUUCACUCGGAUAAGUCAUCAUUUUGGAUGGAUCAAAAGUGUAAUUUAUCGUUUGGCUUAGUGUAUUAUAGCAAGAAGCAUCA